GUCGGAAGAGUAGGGCAGGUGAGAGACGACCAACGGACACAGAGAGAGAAGGACCCCCAGGCUAAUGCAAACACCUCAUGCUACUGUGAAGGCUUUGUGAGAGCACACCUGCAGCUUGCUUGACUUCCAUUUGUUUAGCCUAGCUCCCAAUGACCAUGGAACACAUAGCUGUAGAGUGAUCCCCACAAUUCACACCUCCUCCGUGGGACCCCCAGUCAUCCAACUUGGCCUGAAGAUGUGUUUUUGUCUACAGAAGGGAGAAUCGAUCAGGAAAUACCUGUAAUACACUACAAAGACAAAGAGAGAGAGGGUCAUCUGACAAUAUUAUCACUAUACAGAUAAUCCACACCAAAAACAAAGAAGAGUAAGGGGGAAAAGAGGGAGUACCAAUCAAAAGACCAAAGAAAGGGAGAAAAUAAUACAGAACACCCCUUCAAGAUGGCGCAGAUCCCUCAGGUGUGGCACACCAAGGUGAUGCCCCAGGAAGAGAAUGUGGACCUGAACAAAAUGGUUGCUUUUGGUAGCCAACCCGAGUGCUCCAUCUGCUACAACACCUACGACAAUGUCUUCAAGACGCCCAAGCUGCUGGAGUGCACCCACACCUUCUGCCUUGAGUGCCUAUCGCGCCUCAUGGCCAUUUCGCUAGGAGAGCAGGAAGGAAGCGGCAGCAGCAAGAUCCCUUGUCCAUUCUGCCGCCACCCUACCCUCCUAACCGAGGAGGGUCCGCCUGCCCUGGCCACCAGCCAGGAGGUACUGUGUAAACUGCCCAGCCACCAGCAGCACGAGGAACCUGUGUGGCUGGAUGGGGAGAAGCUGUGCUACAAGCGGCCACUGGAGGCCGACCCCGGAACAUCCAGCUCCACCUCGGCCUUCUGCAUCUGCAUCGACAUCGGGGCCAGCAAGGCAGACGAGGUCCCUGCUCAGACGCGGCCCCAGCACAUGGGCUUCCUGGAGCGGCUGAACAACUGGAAGCGGCUGCUGCUCUUCAUCGUGUUGAUGGUGCUGCUGGUGGUCAUGGUGCUGUGGCCCCUGCAGUGCAUUUUCACCACAGGCAAUUUGCGCUGCAUGCCACGCUCCCUGGGCUCAGUACACGGCUUCACCACCACCACCGCUACCCCAUUCGCCAGGAUACACCGUCUCACAAAGGGUGCCUUUAAUUAAAACACAUGUAUGUAGUAGGCCGGAUACCUGGUUCACAAGCCCACAGAUCCCCAGAGUGCUCAUUGAAAAGCACAAGGCCAUGUGGUUAAGGCCCACGACUGAAUCAAAGAAGACUGAAUAUAGCACUAGAUGGUGAGAGACUCUGCACACUCCAUCCCAAUUGUUUUAACAAUUGAUAAUGGCGUGCUCAGCGUCAUUAUUCUGACAAGAAAGUUACAAAUAACAUUCCUAUUGAAAUUCAUACAUUAAUUCCAAUCCUUGCACUUUGAUUAACUAAUAUUGUUUGAGAUUAUCCUUAACAUUUUUAUUUUGCUGUAACAAUAUAAUAUGUGGAUAAAAUGCGUUGUAAUAUUCAGACACAAUCUGGGUGAAAUCUAUUAAUAUAUACACUAUCAGAUUUGUUGGCCACAGUGCAACAGUAUAGUCUGACAGCUAGGUGAUUUUUUUUCAAACCAAAUACAGUGGGGAAAAAAAGUAUUUAGUCAGCCACCAAUUGUGC